AUGACGACCUUAAAGGAGUCAAAGCUAUCCAACCGCGGUAGCUAUGCAAGUACAGCGGGAGCCAAAGACUUUGAAGUGUGGGACAUAAUUACGAACCUGUGGGACCCAGAUACUAAUCCUGAUGGCUACGUGUCUCUCGGUCUUGCGGAAAACAAUCUCAUGCACGACCGGUUACUGGAAUUCCUCGAUGCAAAACGACUUGUUGAUGACACAGCUCACGGGCUGACCUAUGGCGAUGGCCCGUUUGGAUCAAAGCGGGUCAAAGCUGUGAUUGCUUCAUUCUUGAGCACUCAUCUGCGAUCGGCAAUUGAGCUGAAGCCUGAACACGUCUUCAUCACCAAUGGAGUUUCGUCGGCUAUUGAGCAUUGUGCCUGGACUCUCGCUAAUCCGGGGGAGGGUAUCCUGCUUGGACGACCAUACUAUCGCGCUUUUCUACCAGACAUCGGUACGAGGACAGGAGUCCAGAUUGUUCCGGUAUCAUUUGGACAAGUGGAUCCUUGCCAUCUAGACUGUGUGCAGAAGUACGAAGAAGCGCUGCUGAGAUCAAAUGAGCAGGGUGUGCCGGUUCGCGCACUUAUGCUCUGCCACCCGCAUAACCCUCUUGGAAGAUGCUAUCCUAGGGAUACGCUUAUUGGGCUGAUGAAGUUGUGUCAGAAGUACCAGAUCCACCUGAUCAGCGAUGAAAUCUACGCGCUUUCUACAUGGAAGAAUACCGUUGAUGAUCUCGCUCACGGAUAUACCGGUUUUGAAUCUAUCUUGUCAAUCAACUGCAAGGACACAAUUGACCCUUCACUGGUUCACGUUCUCUGGGGUGUUUCAAAAGACUUUGGUGCAAAUGGGAUAAGACUGGGUGCCAUCGUCUCGCAGUCGAACCCAGCUUUUCUUGCUGCAUUGCGAACAUGCAGCAUUUACUCCUCGCCAUCAUCACUCACUGAGAACGCUGUUGUGCACAUCUUAUCCGACACGUCUUUUGUCGAAAGUUACAUCGCGACAAACCAAGCACGUCUCUCGGCUGCACAUACACAGACUGUUGGCGCUCUUCGAAAGCACGGCAUUGAACACAUGCCUGGUGCGAACGCUGCUUUCUUUCUAUGGAUCAACUUGGGCAAGUUUGUGCGCGAGAAGACAUCCUUAAGAGAAAAGGGGAUGCAGGAAUACUCCGGGUCAGAGAGCACAAGACUUAUCCAAGACCGUUUGUUGGCCAAGAAGGUGUAUUUGGUUCCCGGGGAUGCCGUAGGUGCAGAAGAGCCAGGCUGGUUUCGAAUGGUCUUCACUCAACGCGAGGAACUAGUAGCUGAAUGUGUUAGGCGGAUCGUGGAAGCGCUGGAGCCAAAGUAA